UUUUCUAGGUUUAUCGCUAGACCAUGUGCGCUUCGACUGGGUCUUCAAGGGAAUGGGCCACGCAGAGCACAACCAAAUUCCAUCCUAGAAAAAGUCUUUACCUCCAUCACAAAGUGUCCCGAUGGAAAGCACCUGGAGGGACUUUCAAAGCAGCUGGACUGGGAUGCACGAAAGAUCCAGAGGUGGUUCAGACAAAGGCGAAAUCAGGAUAAGCCGAGCUUAGUAACAAAAUUUUCAGAGAGCAUGUGGCGGUUUAUAUUUUACUCCUAUAUCUUUUCCUAUGGAGUAUGGUUUUUGUGGUCGACCCCGUGGUUAUGGGAUACACGACAGUGCUGGUACAAUUACCCAUAUCAGCCUCUCACGUUGGGCUUGUACUACUAUUAUAUUCAGGAACUGGCCUUUUACUGGUCUUUAAUGUUCUCCCAGUUUACAGAUAUCAAACGAAAGGAUUUCCUACUUAUGUUCAUUCAUCAUCUGGCCGCAGUUAGCCUCAUCUCAUUUUCCUAUGUCAAUAAUAUGGCGCGAGUGGGGACUCUGGUCCUGUGUUUGCAUGACUCUGCUGAUUCCUUGCUGGAGGCAGCAAAAAUGACAAAUUAUGCAAAGUACCAGAGGUUGUGUGACACUUUUUUUAUGUUGUUUGGGCUGAUGUUUGUCAUCACGCGUCUUGUCAUUUAUCCAACAUGGGUCUUAAACACAACAUUGUUUGAGAGUUGGGAGCUGAUUGGUCCAUACCCGUCUUGGUGGCUGUUUAAUGGUAUCCUUUUAAUCCUCCAAGUUCUCCACAUCAUCUGGUCUUGGCUCAUUAUUCGUGUAGCGUACAGAUCACUGACAAAGGGAAAGGUGUGUCUACUACUUUGUCCUUCUUGGAGAAUGUGGGGCAACUUUAAGAUGAUUUUUUUAUGUUUGGCUCUCUUGGCUUCAUCCAUUUUGGUGUUUUGA